AGGCUUGUCUUAAAAAGGGGCUUUGGGUAUCUGUGUUUUCAUUCCACUAAACUGGAAACGAAAUUAGUUUUCCAGAACCAAAGGGAACUCGCUGUUCGGUGUUCAUUGCUUCAGCAGAUUUGUUAUGUUAAACGUGAGAGAUAUUUAUGUCUAUUCUUAAUGCAAUCUGGGUCUUUCAAAAGAUUACUUUCAGGUGUUAUUUUAUGUUUUGGCGACAAGAGUACAAGUGAUGUUAUUUUACGUUUGGUAAAUGGUGAAGGAAGACCUGAGUGGUUCUAUUCCCACUCUUCGGUUCUCGUAAGUAAAAGCGGGUUCUUUGUGGAUCAACUCUCUAAUCCUGAGUUUGGCUCUUGCAUUGAGAUUCAGUGCUUGGAUUCUACUUAUGAUCAUCAUAUUAGCCUUUUGAAAUUAUUUUAUCUCCCCACUGAUUCACUUUUGGACUCCCUGGACUCGGUCCAAUCUGUUCUUGGUAUUCUACACUUGGCAGUCGCAUUUCGCUGUGAAGACGUUACAAACUGCUGCCUCCAGUACUUGGAGGCUGUUCCUUGGGACGGUAAGGAAGAGGAACAAGUUAUAAAAGCGGUUUCGAAACUGGGGCCAAUAGCCAUGCCCAUAUUGGCAAGGAUCCAACCUGUAGAUUUAAGUUCCACAAAAAAUGUGUUUAUUUCAGCAGUUCGCUUUGCCACAUCAAUCGGUGGAUCUUGUCCACCUUUCGGAGAUGAGCUUAAGACAUCUGCGCAAGAACAAGUGGAAUUCAUGCUUGGAGGAGACGAAGAAACCCCAUUAGUUACAGCUGAUGAUGAAGUCAAAUCGGUGAUAAAAUUGGGUCUUACCCAAGUUUGUUCGUCAUUUGAAAAUGAAUUUUCAUCAUUGCUUGUUGUUUUGGAUAUCUCGGAUGACACCGUUGAGAAUAGAAUUUUGCAGAGCCUAUCGGAUCUCGAGUGGAUGUGUAACAUACUCUCCAAGAUGGAUUUAAUGAAGGACUUUGUUUGUAGUUGGGGUGAGAUGUCUGGUAAGGUCUUGGGGAUAAUUGAAGACAAGAAACUUGAAAAUGCCAUGUGGGGUUUGAAGCUGAAGCUUAUAGAAGUGACUGGGAAAGUUCUCGAAGCCGUUGGUUAUGGAAAUGUGAUUCUUCCUGCACCAUGUCGGGUCCAGUUGCUGAAGACAUGGCUACCCUACAUAAGGAAGAUUAAACCUAUCCUAGAUGCAGAGGGAAACAAGGAUACAAAUUUCCCUUACAAGAUGGAUGAAGACUUGUGCCAGAGUAUUGAGGGGGCGAUCGUGUCAUUAGUACUAGCAUUGCCAUCUAACGAUCAAACCGAUAUUCUAUUGGAUUGGAUGGAAACUGAACUGGUUAAGUAUCCCGACUUGAGCGAGGCAUUCGAGAUAUGGUGCUACAGAACCAAGUCAGCAAAGAGAAGAUUGAUGCAAGGCCUGGAUAGAGUUGGCGACGCCACCAUUAGCCUUUGAUUUUCCCAGGCGCAUGCCCUGCUGGUGAUGCUGCUCAUCAACUUAGCGUGUUAGGUUGCUAAUGGUUCGGUCAACACCAAACUAGUAUGAAAAUCAAGCUCAUUUGUUCCUGGUUGUCUGAGGUUAGAAAAAUCAGACUAAGUUUAUGAACAAAACGAACUUGGUCACUAAGAAUCCUUAUUCCAUAACUUUUGAAAUAAAUUUAAUCAUCAAAUAAUCUUC